AUGACCGAGCACCAGCCUAAUGGAGUCGCUUGUGAUGGCCAGAUAAUACUCUCCCCUGAGAGCGUGCCUGGCUGUCCUUCCUCCGACUGGGUGGUACAGAAAUUCGGAGGAACCAGCGUCGGCAAAUUUGCGCUGGAGAUUGUUGACAAUGUCAUCCAGCCGAGCAUCGAGGAACAUCGUGUGGCAGUCGUCUGUUCUGCUAGGAGUAGCUCGUCCAAAGCUGAUGGCACCACCAAUCGGCUACUACGUGCGGCGCGGGAAGCAGAAAACCCCCGAUCAUCCAACUACCUCUCCCUCAUUAAUGCUGUGAAGCAAGAACACAUCGAUGUGGCGGGCGAAUACAUACAAAACCCAGAUUUAAGAGCCGAAUUGGUAUCGCAGAUCCAGGACGAGUGUCUACGGAUUCUCAAAAUUUUGGACGCGGCUCAGACCCUAGGAGAGAUUAGUUGUCGAUGUGUCGACAUGGUGAUUAGUGCUGGAGAGAAGCUGAGCUGCCGCUUUAUGACUACAUUGCUCCAAGACCGGGGUGUGGAUUCGCAAUACAUUGACCUCUCUGAUGUUGUUGACUUUGCUGCCGGAAUUCAAGCACUGGACCAAGAUUUCUAUGACCGCUUAGCUGAUCUCUUUGGGAAAAAGGUCCGUGGAUGCCCCGCUAAAGUACCUGUUGUAACGGGAUAUUUUGGUGCUGUUCCUGGCGGCUUGUUGGAUAAAAUCGGGCGUGGCUAUACAGAUCUCUGUGCUGCCCUUGUAGCAGUUGGAGUCGGGGCACACGAGCUACAGGUGUGGAAGGAAGUUGAUGGCAUAUUCACAGCUGACCCACGAAAAGUACCUACUGCGCGCUUGCUGCCCGUGAUUACGCCUGCAGAAGCCGCAGAAUUAACUUUCUAUGGCUCUGAGGUCAUCCACCCUUUCACCAUGGAGCAGGUGAUCCGAGCUAAAAUUCCUAUCCGCAUAAAAAAUGUUAUGAAACCGAAUGGGAAGGGUACGGUCAUCUUUCCGGAUUCCACUUCAGAGUUGGAGAAGACAACGCCUGGCCAUGAGCCAAAAUUCUUCCGUACACGGGGGCCUCAAUUUGUAGCUCAACAUCCAGGGCCCAAACGGCCGACUGCAGUGACGGCAAAGCACAAGAUUCUUGUCAUCAACGUACAUUCCAACAAGCGAUCUCUGUCCCAUGGUUUUUUUGCGGGCAUUUUUUCCGUACUUGACAAAUGGCGCUUGUCGAUUGACUUGAUAUCCACUAGCGAAGUCCACGUCUCUCUUGCCCUUCAUUCUGAGAUUCCUUUGCUUAAUGGUGUUGGCCAUGAUGAGUACCAGAUCAUAGACGAGGACUUACGAGGUGCUAUCCAAGACCUUCGGAAAUAUGGCACCGUCGAUAUCAUCCCAGAAAUGGCAAUUCUUAGCCUGGUGGGCAAACAAAUGAAGAACAUGGUAGGAGUAGCUGGACGAAUGUUUACCGUUCUAGGAGAGCAUAACGUCAACAUUGAAAUGAUCUCUCAAGGUGCUAGUGAAAUCAACAUAUCGUGCGUUAUUGAAGAACGAGAUGCCGAUCGUGCGAUCAACAUCCUUCAUACGAACCUCUUUACCUUUUUGGACUAA